UACAUAAUAAGUAUAUCAUAAGUGCAUAGAUAUCAAUUUUUUUGAUUCUUACAUACCACCCACACACAUUUAUAUUUGCAUUUAAAUCUGGAUAAAUGAAUUGAAAUUCUGUGCAUUCACAAUGAAUAAGCUUUUAUUUUAUCGAUCAGUGAAACAAUUUUUUUUUCGACAAAUUCUUAUUUAAAUUCACUUGUGAUAUUCAGUUUUUUCAUCAUCAUUAUCAUCAAUUUUUCCUUACACAUACACACAUCCACACACACAUAUAAAAAACAUGUAUUUGUGAAUCUUAAUUUUCGUUUUUAUUUUUUUUUAUUUUAAACUUCAAAAUUAAAUUUAUGUAUUGCAACAAAAGAUAAAAUAAUUGUUCUCAAACUCAACAGAUGUCCUUCCCUAUAAUUACAAAUUUUUUCUGUUUAAUUCAUCAUUCAAUCAAUCAAUAAACAUAAUUGUAUAAAACUAAAGUCAUACUCUUUAGAAUUCAUCAUUUAUUUAAUUCACAAAUGUUCUUCAGAUUGAUGACAUUUUUCUGAUCAAGGUUACAAACUGAUGAUGAAUUUUGGCCAUAAUUUGAGAUAAAUAGCUAAAGCCAUACUAAUUCUUCGACGAUUUGCAUAUCCACCCGUUAUACAUUCGAUGCGUACGGCUAAAUUUACAACCAAAUUGAAUCAGAAUUCAAAUCAAAACAAAAUAUCAUCGCCGUCUAUAAAUAGUGGCACUAUUCAAUCUUCUGCAGAGCAUUUAUUACCACCGUCAAAAUUACCGGUUCCGGAUUAUUCACAUUAUAACCAUCAAAAAGGCUUAAUCAUAUUGAAUCGUUUGGUGAAAGAAUCAUUUCUAAUACCAACGUGGAAUGAAUUAUGGAACUAUCGUAAUGGUCGAAGACGAAUAUUUACGGAUUUACCGACCUACAUUGGAAAAGUGGUUCGUGGCUUAACCAAUCUGACAAUGGCCAUUGGUCGAACAAUAAAUUCAGAAAAUGGUAAUGGAUCAUUAUCGCGUUUGAUUACACAUCGAUUAGUUGGAGUUUCUGAAUCAUUGAUGGGCUGGGUGGAACGAUCUGUUGAUGAUCUGCCAAGUAUACCUCGUUUGGAUGCUCAAGAAUGUAUGAAACGAUCGAUUUGUGAGGCUCAUAAUCAACCAAAAAAAUAUGGUGCCGUCGGUUUAAUUAUACAACUAUUCUUUCCGCCAUAUUUGGAUGCAGAAGAUGCAAAUAAAAUCGUAUCAAAAUAUCAAUUGGCUGCACGUUAUGGACGUGGUGAGAAUGCCAAUUGCGCUGCACAAUACGAUGAUUGUAUGGUUAAUGUUUUAGACAUUCUACAGGGAGCCCUCAAUAUGAUCUUUUAG